AGCUUGCUAGCUAGGUAACUAUUCAUUUUCUGGUCACAGAAAAAGAAGCAGACGGGACGGGACGGUGGGACAAAUCCCUGCGGAGACCAUGGCAGACGAUUUUGACAUUGAGGCUAUGCUAGAGGCUCCAUACAGAAAGGAUGAGAUCAAGUCCUCUAGCGCUAAUGGACAUGAGGAGCGCAGUAGUAAGAAGAAAAAGAGGAGCCACAGUAGGAGUAGUCGGAGCCCGAGCUCUGACAAGCGCAGAAGCAAGAGCAAAGACAGGAAGAAGAGCCGGGACAGGAAGAGGAGUAAGAGUCGGGAGAAGAAACGCAGCCGCAGUAAGGAGCGCCGCCGCAGCGGCUCCCAUAGCAGGGAGCGUGCCGGGCGCUACAGAGGACGCCGCAGCCCCUUUUUGGGGCCGAAAUUUAACGGUGGUCCAGGAGGGAAGAUUGGCCCACCAAAUGCCAACAAACUAAGUCGUAGGCGCUCAAGAAGUCGUAGUCCCUUCAAGAAAGACAAGAGUCCAGUAAGGCAACCAAUUGACAACCUGACCCCAGAGGAGAGGGAUGCCCGUACUGUGUUCUGUAUGCAGCUGGCAGCCAGAAUCAGACCACGAGAUCUAGAGGACUUCUUCUCUGCUGUGGGGAAAGUGAGAGACGUGAGGAUGAUCUCCGAUAGAAACUCCAGGAGGUCAAAGGGCAUUGCCUACAUUGAGUUUCUGGAGGCGAAUUCGGUCCCAUUGGCUAUUGGCUUGACUGGACAGAGACUUCUUGGAGUGCCCAUCAUUGUCCAGGCCUCUCAGGCUGAGAAGAACAGAGCAGCAGCAAUGGCCAACAACCUUCAGAAGGGUAAUGCUGGCCCCAUGCGGCUGUACGUGGGCUCUCUGCACUUCAACAUCACAGAGGACAUGCUGCGAGGCAUCUUCGAGCCUUUCGGAAGGAUUGAGAGCAUACAGCUGAUGAUGGACAGUGAAACUGCACGAUCCAAAGGAUAUGGUUUCAUCUCAUUUGCAGAUGCAGAGUGCGCUAAGAAAGCAUUGGAGCAGUUGAAUGGCUUUGAGCUGGCCGGACGGCCCAUGAAGGUUGGUAACGUGACAGAACGCACCGACUCCUCCACCGCCAGCUCCUUCCUGGACAACGACGAGCUGGAGAGGACGGGCAUUGACCUGGGCACCACCGGGCGCCUGCAGCUCAUGGCCCGGCUGGCAGAGGGUACUGGUCUUCAGAUUCCUCCAGCUGCACAACAGGCUCUACAGAUGAGUGGUUCCAUGCACUCCUCUUCAAUCCACUUCGGCAACAUGGCAGCUGGUACAGACAUACAAGCCAGGCUGAACCCACCACCUGAAGCUGUUGCCAACCCUGCCCUGAACCUGGGUCCAAGCAUGAACCAGGCCAUGAACCUCCCAACUCAACCACUGGCUACACACUGCCUACAGCUGUCCAACAUGUUCAGCCCACAGUCGGAAAAUGAGCCUGGUUGGGACAUCGAGAUUCAAGAUGACGUCAUGGAGGAGUGCAACAAACAUGGUGGAAUUGUCCAUAUAUAUGUCGACAAGAACUCACCUCAGGGCAACGUGUACGUAAAAUGCCCCACUAUCCCAACUGCGAUGGCUGCGGUGAAUGCCCUACAUGGACGGUGGUUUGCAGGUAAAAUGAUCACUGCGGCGUACGUACCCCUUCCAACCUACCAUAACCUUUUCCCUGAUUCAGUAACGGCCACCCAGCUACUGAUGCCUUCGCGGCGAUAAGUCUGCCAUGCAUGGCGUAGAUGUUGCAACGGCUGUGGGCUUCAAAAUGUACAUAAUGUUUGCUAAUAUGUUGGGAACUUAUUUACCAGAGUAGCAAAAUACUGCACCAGUCCACCCAAUCUUCAUUCAGAAAUACAAAAGGUUUUGAAGGAUAUUUGUUUUAUUGUUCAAUCUGACAGCCAUCAGGCUGAGCUUGAGUUCUGUAUCCGCACAUUUCUGUUGGUGCACUUGAGCAAAUUACGUUGUGUGUUUCAACCUACAUUGCGAUAAGGAGUUGUUAUACAGUGGUAAGUGGGUACUAAGUAGAUUUAAGUUGAAACUGACCACAAAAGAACCCAUUUUGGGGACAACCCCACCUAAUUAACCUCUGAUUCUAAGUGCAGUUUGCUCUGUCCUCAUCCAAUUACCACUUAUCAUUGUACGUUUUGUCAUUCAGUUCGGCUUUAGAAAUUGAUUUGCCCAGUACGUUUUUCAGUUAAUGUGUUAAAUGAAAAGAACAAUGCCUACAAACACCCAAAAACAGAUCUAUUUUUUUGUUGUUAACAACUUCAAGGUAUUCAUUGUGUUUGAGAUCACUAAGUUUUUAACAUUUGUAAUCAAAACUUGAUUUUGUAAAAACUCUUGAUUUAAAUUUACUAUCAAAAUAAGUGAUUUGGGUGGUUCAAUGUGAUGUGCAUUUUGUCUUGUUGACAUUGGAUUGUUUCAUCUGGAAUGAAGGGGGAUGUGAAAUGUGUUUGUAAUAAAAUCCUAGUUUACAACA